UCUCGAGUUUUAUAAUUCGAGCGAUUUCGAGGAAUUUAAGAUUAUACAGUCGAAAGGGCAUUCGACACCCUUCCCCCAUUCCCGCCGAAUUUCGUUUCUGCGUUCUGUUUCUCCGGCGAGUCGCGGCCUUGAUCGGAAAACAAUGCUCUUUCUCCGUACAUUCACAACCAAACUCUCCGCCUGCUGACUGCUUACUAUGGACGUAAUUGUCUCCUCCGCCGUCGAAGAAAUUUGCUCACAGGGUCAGAACGGACUCACUCUCCGCAAUCUGUGGUCCAGGCUCGAACCCUCUCUCUCAGCUUCCGGCCUCGACCUCUCCAAUGGUGUCAAGACUGCUGUCUGGACCCAACUCCGUAGCAUCCCAUCCUUGCAAUUCGAUGCUGGCAAGGUGACCUAUGAUGCUAAGGACCCAUCUAUCCGGUCUUUCGAAAACGCGGAAAGGUUGAAUGUGAAGGUUAUGGGCAAAGAGUAUUUGAGGGAUAACUUUGUAGGGCUCUACAAUGUGCGAUCAGCCAGUUCCAACAUGUCCGCCCAUCAGAGACGUGUCCUUGAGCGCCUCGCUAUUGCUAGAAAAAAUGGAGUGACGCAAAACCAACUUGCUAAAGAAUUUGGGAUUGAAGGAAGAAACUUCUUUUAUGUAGUGAAGAGCCUUGAGUGUCAAGGGUUAAUUACGAGGCAAUCUGCAGUUGUCCGAACUAAAGAAGCUGUAAAUACUGGGGAGUUGAGAAAUAGUCCAAUUGUGAGUACCAAUUUGAUGUACUUGCACCGAUAUGCAAAGCAUUUGGGCUGUCAACAGAAAUUUUGGAUUACUGUGGAAGAAAAUAAUAUUGAGCAGCUUGGAGACCCAGUAGAAAGUGCCGCUGAUGAAGAUGGUAUGCCUGUAAAAUGCAUCAAGGAAGACGUGUUUGUGAAGGAUUAUUUACCAAAAAUGGAAGCUAUAUGUGAUAAACUUGAAGCAGCCAAUGGAAAGGUUCUUGUUGUUUCUGAUAUUAAGAAGGAUCUUGGUUAUACUGGAUCUUCUUCAGGGCAUAAAGCUUGGAGAGAGGUCUGUAAUAGAUUGGAAAGGGCUCACAUUAUUGAGGUGUUUGAGGCUAAAGUGGACAAUAAGUUUGAUUGUUGUCUACGUCUGCUAAAGAAGUUCUCUCCAAAGUGUUUUGAGACAAGUGCUCUUGGGGGAGAUGAUAGUUCUGGUUAUAAACAUCAUAUGAAAUUUGGGAGGAAAUGUCAAGUAACUGAUCAACUCACUGAGCUUGCUAUAGAGCAUCAAAUCUAUGAUAUGAUUGAUGCUGCUGGCUUUGAGGGCAUAACAGUGAUGGAGGUUUGUAAGAGGCUUGGAAUUGAUCACAAAAGAAACUAUGGCCGACUUGUCAAUAUGUUUACUAGAUUUGGAAUGCAUCUUCAAGCUGAAACUCACAACAAAUGCAAUCUUUAUCGAGUGUGGACACGUGGGAAUUUCAAGCCUGAAUAUAAUAGUCAAUUUUUUCAUAAAUCAAAAGAUGCAAAUAAUGAAAUUGAAAAUUGCAUUAAUCAUACUUCCAGUGUAAAUGAUACUAAGAAGUUAGCUGAAACAACUUCUCAAAGUAGCUUUGCAAAGGCUGUAGACACAAAUUUGAAAGUUGACAGUGCAAGUCGCAGAACAACAGGGGAUGGAAAAAUGAAAACUGAAGUUAAUGAUAAGCUGCAUGGCGAUCGUGAGACUGACCUCAGAGUUAUCCAUUUGCCACAAGAGUCAGUUUCUAUGCCAACAUGCUCCAAUCCUGAUGUAGAACCCUGUUCAGUGAAUGCAGGCGUCGAAACAAACUCUGGAUUAAUAACACCUCCAGCGGCUCUGUUAAAAUCAUCAGUUUCUGUAUCACAUCAGAAGUAUCCGUGUUUACCUCUUACUGUGGGUAGUGCUAGGAGGGAGCAAAGAAUUCUUGAACGGCUACAGGAUGAGAAGUUUGUUUUGAAAGGCGAGCUUUUUAGGUGGAUUGUUGAUCAGGAGACAGACAAAACCACAACAACAGAUAGAAGAACUAUUUUCCGAAGUAUAAACAAAUUGCAAAGUGAAGGACACUGUAAAUGCAUAGACAUCAAUGUUCCUGUUGUCACAAAUUGUGGCCGUACUCGUAUCACCCAGGUGAUUUUGCAUCCUUCUAUUGAGACUUUAUCUCCUCAACUUCUAAGUGAAAUUCAUGAUAAAAUGAGGUCAUUUGAAGCCCAAAGUCGUGGUCAUAACUCAAAAAAGGCGAAGAGGAAAGUGUUGCUUCCUGUAUUAGAAGGUGUCCAAAGGACACAGCACUAUAUGGAUCCUGACAUUGCUGCAGUACGAUCAGAAGCCAUGCGUGCAAAUGGAUUUGUACUGGCAAAAAUGAUCCGUGCAAAGCUGCUUCAUUGUUUUUUGUGGGAUUACCUAAACUGUUCGGAUGAUUCUGGUGGUACUUCCUCAUCUGAAAGAUUUGUCCAUGAUCUGAAAAAUCCUCACACUAGCUACAAGCCAUUUUUAUUAGAAGACGCAAUUAAGUCGAUCCCAGUUGAGCUUUUCCUUCAAGUUGUUGGGUCUACUAAAAAAUUUGAUGAUAUGUUGGAUAAAUGUAAGAGGGGUUUGUCACUUGCUGACCUUGCUCCUGAGGAGUACAAGCAUAUGAUGGAUGCUAAUGGUACUGGAAGGCUCUCGGUGAUUAUUGAUAUUUUACGGCGUUUGAAGUUAGUUAGGUUUGUAGCUGCAAAUACAGGCAAUGUCAAUGAUUGUGGCCGUGCCACUUUAAAACAUGCACUGGAGCUUAAACCUUACAUUGAGGAACCUGUUUCAAAAGAUGCUACUAGAUCUUUGAUGAAUAAGUGUCUAGAUCUUCGGCCAAGAAUUAGGCAUGACUUUACGCUGUCAAGUAGGCAAGCUGUCAAUGAGUAUUGGCAAACUUUUGAGUAUUGCUAUGCCACGGCUGAUCCUAGAUCUGCUCUGCUUGCAUUUCCUGGGUCUGCUGUUCGCGAGGCAUUUCUUUUCCGUUCAUGGGCUUCAGUUCGGGUUAUGACAGCCGAACAGCGUGCUGCACUCCUGGAGCUUGUGGCAAGGAGGGAUCCAAGUGCAAAACUUUCAUAUAGAGAGUGUGACAAAAUAGCAAAGGAUCUUAAUCUGACAUUAGAACAGGUUCUACGUGUGUAUUAUGAUAGGCGACAGGAACGUCUUAAUAGCUUUGAUGAAGGGACAGACAAGGAGUCUAGACAAAAAAUUAAAGGCCAUUCAUUGAGGAGAAAAAGAUUACCAAAAGAGAGGCCAGGGAAGCGUGCACGGUAUGAUGAUGUCAGCAAGCAGUCGGAUGAAGCAAGGGUCACCACGUUUCCUGAAACUUCUAUUUCAUCUGAUGUUAAAGAUAAACAUUUGGCUGCUAAUUCAGGAGAGCAGAACAAUCCUUCGCAAGAAAUUUUUGAGGAUGGCGAUCAUCAAGAAACUGUAGAGGAAUUUGUGUCUAAAGAGGAAGGCGAGGCACACUGUUCUGUUGCUUCUUCAAUGACAAAGUCAACUCGUCAAAGAAGGUUUAUAUGGACUGAUGAAACAGAUAGGCAAUUGAUCAUCCAAUAUGUCAGAUACCGUGCAUCUCGAGGUGCAAAAUUUUCUCGAACAAAUUGGUGUGCUAUCUCUAACUUGCCAGCACCUCCAGGUACUUGUAAAAAAAGAAUGGCAUGGCUGAAUGGCAGUCUAAGAUUUAGAAAACUUGUAAUGCGGCUUUGUAACAUUCUUGGCAAGCAUUACGUGAAGUACCUGGAAAAAUCGAAGAACGCAUCGGUUCAUCAAGAUGACCCCAAAGUCAUCGCAACAAGUUCUAAUGGGAAUGCAUCGGUUCAUCAAGAUGACCCCAAAGUGAUCGCAACAAGUUCUAAUGGGAAAGCUCUUAAUGGGAAUAGUGGCGACAGUGAACAUUACAGUGAGUUGGAUCUGCAGGAAGAGCAAUGGGAUGAUUUUGAUGAUAAAGAUGUAAAGAUGGCCCUUGAUGAGGUUCUUCAUUACAAGAAAAUGACAAUGUUGGAGGACUCAAAACGAGUUGGAUCUGUCUAUGGUGACUUUUUGGAUGCAAAUGAAUCUGGAUUUACGUCUGCCACUCAGAGUGCAGACCUGGGAGGAGAGCAAUGUCAAUUUUCUAGGGGAAGAUCAAAGUCAAGAAGCCUUCAUCGGCGGUUGAUGAAGAUUUUGAAUGGCAGGCAUGUCAGCAAAGAAGUAUUUGAAUCAUUGGCUGUUUCUAAUGCUGUUGAGCUAUUUAAGCUUGUUUUCUUGAGCACCUCAACUGCUCUAGAAGUACCUAAUCUCCUUGCUGAAAAUUUAAGGCGUUACUCAGAACAUGAUCUUUUUUCAGCUUUUAGCCACCUGAGAGAAAAGAAAAUCAUGAUUGGAGGCAACAAUAAUGAACCUUUUGUGCUCUCACAAAGUUUUCUGCAUAGCAUUUCAAAGUCCCCGUUUCCAGCGAACACUGGAGAGAGAGCUUCCAAAUUUUCUAAGUUUCUGCAUGAAAAAGACAAAGAUCUCGUGGAGAAUGGGAUUAAUAUUCCUUCUGAUUUACAAUGCGGAGAUAUUUUCCAUUUGUUUGCUCUAGUUUCUUCAGGAGAGUUGUCUAUUUCUUCUUGCUUGCCCAACGAUGGCGUUGGAGAACCCGAAGACUUGAGAAGUUCAAAACGAAAAGUUGAUAGCUGUGAACUGUGGGUGGACACUCGGGCUAAGAAGAUGAAAUUUGCACCAGCAGAGGGUGAAAUUAUUUCUCGUCGAGAAAAAGGUUUUCCUGGGAUUUUGGUUUCUGUUUGUCGUACUACAAUUUUAAGAACAGAUGCCAUGGAGCUGUCAGAUAGUUGGAAUUGUAUUGAAGACCAACAUUUUGGUGGGAAUUAUAGAUUUCACGUUUCACCUACUCACAACAGUAUUUCAUUUGACAAUGUGGAAUCACUGUACGAUACAGAUGGGGUUGUAUCUCUAGGAAAUCGUGGUGAGUCAACUUGGCAAGCUAUGACAGAUUUUGCAGAUCAUUUGAUGUCGGUAGGUUGUUGUCAAGAACAAAUGAGUGUCAUCUCUCCAGAGGUCUUUGGGUUGGUUUAUUCUGCAAUUCAGUUGGCUGGUGACCAGGGUUUAAGCAUAGAGGAAGUUUCCCAGGUGGCUAAUUUACAAGGAGACAAGCUGCCUCAACUUAUCGUUGAUGUUCUUCAAACAUUCCAACGGGUGCUGAAGGUGAAUUCAUUUGACAGUACUCGAAUUGUUGAUGCUUUAUAUCGUCCCAAGUACUUUUUGACAUCGAUAUCUGGUUCGAAUCGAAACCGUGCUACUCCCUCAUCAGUCGAUAUGCUUGGAAGAAGUAAUGGCCAAUUGGUUUUCCAUCCAGAAAACUACAACAUUGGGGAGAAGAAUCCAGAUAAUCACAUGUCUGUUGCUGCAAAUUCCCAGAUGGAAAAUAAAAUGGUUGUUGGUGAGGUGCACAAAGUAACGGUUCUCAAUCUUCCUCCAGAAGUUGAUGACAACACAAAGGAAAGUCAAACUAGCAGUAUGCAUCAACGCAAUCCCAAGGAGAAAACCAUUUUAAACACAACAGGGAAUGAGAAUGGAUUGUUUUGCGCCUCUUCUGAUGGUUUGAAUAUGCCAAUACUCCCAUGGAUAAACGGAGACGGGACGACUAACAAAAUUGUCUACAAGGGGCUUAGAAGGCGGAUCUUAGGAAUUGUAAUGCAAAACCCAGGAAUACUGGAGGUUGCGAUUAUACGACGGAUGAACGUCUUGAAUCCCCAGAGUUGUAAGAAGCUGUUAGAGUUGAUGAUAUUAGAUAAGCACCUCAUAGUGAGGAAGAUGUAUCAACGUACGUUCAGUGGCCCCCCUGGUAUUCUUGGAACGCUCCUCGGCACGAGCCACAGAGACUCGAAGUUUGUUUGCCAUGAUCACUACUUUGCAAAUCCCAUGAGUACCUCGCUGCUGUAGGUAGCCAUGCCCCCCAUGCUCAUUGCGCAGGUUGUCUAUUGAAACUCUGCUGAAAAAAAGCACGCCAUAGCAUUGCUGGAAGCUCUGUGCGAUUGGCGUUUACCCAUUUUCGGCUGCUCGGAAUCAGCAGGUGGCAUUCAUCACUCGGCUUUGCUUGUUUUUUGAUUUUAACAUGUUGGUGGUGAUCUCUGCCCUCAUUUGUUUUUGGCCGGGGUCCAUUCUCCCAUCCUCGUUUCCGUGGCUUUGUUCGAGUCUACCCCGAGCCCUCACCCUAAAGGAUAUAUACUCACCUCUUGUAACCAUGAGUUAGGAAUACUAACAGAGAUAUGUUGGGAAUAUUUAGUGGUAUAUUUGUAAUUAAUAGACUGAGUUGGGGAUUUGGGGAAGGUAGAAUUUGAAGAUAUUAGCAGUUGUAUCUUUGUAAUUAUUUGAGAAGCUUGUUAGGGCUAACUGUAUGUAUUUAUUAAUAUAAUCGUUAUUCCCUUUGUUUUU